AUGUCGGUGCUUUACGACUCCAUCCACAACCUUGACUGGCUCAAGUCAAACCCAAAGCCCACCCUCGAUCAGACAAUCACGAAUGGGUUGAAGAGGUGGGAACAAAUCAAGGCUCCGUAUUCUACAGGUCUACCGACUCCUCCAACAUCGAAGGCCAUGCCUGGAGUAAUAUUGGAAAACAGCUACGCUGGUUACUCAACUCUGCCGAUCCAGCCAAAUGGAGUGUCGAGUCGAGACAGUUAUGGCACAAACCCACACCGCGGUCAGAUCUCUUCGAGUAUCAACACCAGCCAGUACACGAUCGCCCCACCGUCGAACAGUGUGAGCUCUUUCACACAUCGUCCGGUCGACCAGAUCAAGAUCGAUGCAAUCGCCCCCCAUCUCCAAAUUCCAGAGUCGGUGAACAAGAGCAAAGGAAGUCUGGCUGAAUUUGCAGCGGAAAUUACCUGUUUGUUCUGGUUUGAAACCGCCAAAACUCUGCAGCAUGCAGAGGAUCUACCGUUGGAGAGUGCCCUCGAAAGAGGACUUCUUCCAGACGCCACACCAUCAAUUGGCUUUCGAAAAUGGGUCACGACAAUAAUCAGCACCACUCAGGUUGGCAAGAACGUCAUUCUAUUGGCACUCAUGUUCAUAUAUCGUCUCAAACGAUUUAAUCCUACAGUGAGCGGCAAACGCGGGAGUGAGUUUCGAUUGUUGACCAUUGCAUUGAUGCUGGGAAAUAAGUUUCUGGAUGACAACACCUACACCAACAAAACGUGGGCAGAGGUUUCGGGAAUCUCAGUCACUGAAAUUCACAUCAUGGAGGUGGAAUUUCUCAGCAAUAUGAGAUAUGACUUGUAUGCCUCGGCUGAAGAGUGGAGUCAAUGGAAGGCCAAAUUGGGAAGGUUUGGCGCGUUCUACGACAAAGCCUCCAAGCUACCCGUUGCAGAAGAAGGCAGAGGAACAGCACCCGUGACACCAACCUCACAAAGUUUCUCGAACAAGCUACCCUCGCCCCCCUCCACUCACCACAGCGUCAGUCCAUUUGCAAACCAAGUGUCACUGAGUCAAAAUUACCCAACGUUACCGCACCCCUUACCGUCCACAACCCAGCUUCCCAGCUCACCACUACGUCAACAUCUAUUAAACUCGUAUCGAUCUGAGAGGAAAAGAAGUUUAGAUCAAUCCCUGGAUCUCCCACCUGCCAAACGACAACAUUAUUCUGGUUCCAUUUCUGGUUCAGCAAAUGGAGUUCCAAAUUCCAUCCCUUAUCCGCCCAGCAAUGUUCGAGUAUCACCAUCGGCCUUGAAGCAUCCGGCAGAUAAUUCUAGCAGUGUGUCGACAUUCUUCGAUGCGCCUAGGCAGGAUCCUGUGCGGAUGCCAUCAACGCAUGGCCUAUCCACCAAUCAUCUUGCUCCUCUCAACGUUCCGUCGACUCGAGCAAUGUCCACUGUCUAUCCAGUUAGCACUAGUGGAUAUUCUCAGCCGGUAACACCGAUUUCUGCGAUCCCUCAGAAUCUCUUCCAAAACCCCAUUCCAAGCAUUGGGGACGGCACCCGACCACCCUCGCUUUAUCCUUCAGCACAUACAUCGCCUUCCAAUGGCUACCAAACAAACACACCAACCUUACCGGGGCUAUCUCCUUCAUACUUUUUGACCCAUCGGGCUUCUCCAUAUCGACCGGUCCGACACGUCAAUACCCUUUUGAUACCACCGCCAUCAACUGCCCUGCAAGGGCCCAUCAGAAAUGUACCAUCUGAUCAAAUCCACUAUCAACCACUCAGCAAGGUAUCAACUGAGCGUCAUGUUGGCCCUUUACCAAUGAUGCAGCUUGAAAAUUGGCAACAUAGCAAUGUAUCCACGCCAGUUACUCAUCAGCAGCCUUAUCAAUUUUGA